CAGCUCCUGCACAGCCCCCCUCCUCCCACGCUGAAGAGACCCGCGGGCCCGGGCCACCUCCAGAUGCAGGAGACCUCGCAGCCGCUGAACCUGACAGCCAAACCCAAAGGCUCCGAGCUCCCCAGUGCCUCCAGUUCGCCCAGUUUGAAGAUGAGCGGCUGCCAGUCGCUGCCGCCGGGCCACGGGGCCAGCAGGGAGCUGCAGAGCAGCCCAUCCAGCCUCCCUCUGGGAUUCCUGGGAGAGGGCGAUGCCAUCACCAAAGCCAUCCACGACGCGCGGCAGCUGCUGCACGGCCACGGCGCCGCCAUGGAGGGGUCACUCAGCAGCCCCUACCGCAAGGAGCACGUUGGGAUCGAUUCCUCCCCGGUGAAGGAGCGGAUGGAGGAGACCCCCGGCCACCGGCUGGACGAGGCUCUGCUGAGCUGUGAGAUGGACGGCUCCCGGCACUUCCCGGAGUCCAGGAACAACAACCACAUCAAGCGGCCCAUGAACGCCUUCAUGGUGUGGGCCAAGGACGAGAGGAGGAAGAUCCUGCAGGCCUUCCCAGACAUGCACAACUCCAGCAUCAGCAAGAUCCUGGGAUCCCGGUGGAAAUCCAUGUCCAACCAGGAGAAGCAGCCGUACUACGAGGAGCAGGCGCGGCUGAGCCGGCAGCACCUGGAGAAGUACCCGGAUUACAAAUACAAGCCGCGGCCCAAGCGCACCUGCAUCGUGGAGGGCAAGCGGCUGCGCGUGGGCGAGUACAAGGCGCUGAUGAGGAACCGGCGCCAGGACGCCAGGCAGGGAUACCUGAUAGGGUAA